AUGAAUCAAUUAUGUAAGAAAUUCAUUCCGUUGGAUAUUGCUUGUAAAAAGGCUUUUAUGGGAUCUUUAACGUAUGAAGAAUUUAUCACGUUACCCUUGUUCAUACAGCAACACCGAUCGUUGCACAAGAAUUUAUUGUGCCAACAUCCAAAGAAGGUUUCCUUUCUAUUAUUCCCGAAUCGUAUGACCACCAAUACUACAACAACGGAUCAUCAUCACUUUGAAAUUCUCUCCAACAAUGAUGAUAUGAAGAAUUAUUGCUUGAAUUAUGCUCUCGUUUCUGCCUUUUAUCAAAACAACAAGUAUUUAAGUAAUAGUUGGCAUGGUUUCCAUAACUUGAUGAGUCUGAAAGGAGUCUUUCCUCAUACUCAAAAAUUGGUGUCUGAUUUGGCAAAAAGUAUAGAUCCACGUUUGCUUUUCAAUUCUUCCUUUCGAAAGUUUUUCGUCGAGUUGGCUGAAGUAUUGGCAAAUAUAAGAUCAACCUUCCAAAACGAGAAGGAAUUAUUAUCGUACUUUUCAAUGGCAUCGUCAUCUUCGGUGAAUGUAGAGUAUGCCAAAUGCUGGUUUUUUUCAAUGCCUGUCCUCAUGCAAACAAGUACUUCAUCAAGUCUUAAACACAUUCAACAAUAUUCACAAUAUUUGGAUGAGGAUGAUAAGAAGAAUGAAUUUCUAUGCACUUGGAUGAUUCGACACCAUAAAAUGUAUGACAUUAUUCAAAUGUCUGGUCAGAACCAAAGUCGAGUGGUCUUGAGAAGGUGGAUUUCUCAUAAUCCAACUCUAUUUUCCUCACUCCCAAAAUGGAUUCAACAUGACAAGUUGGUUGCUUUAGAAGCUGUCAAGGAAAACCCAGACCUCAUUUAUCCAAUCCUUAAUACCGAGUUGAAGCAAGAUGUGUCUAUCAUGAGUGUCAUGCUCAAAUAUACACCUUUCUCAAAAUUUCUGCAAAUGGCAAGAUCAGUAGACGGUAUUAGGGACAAAGUUGUGUCGAAUAAGGACUUGUUGAUUGAAGUUUUUUCGAAAGGACACGAAUCCAACUAUGGAUUACUUGAAUUUGCGCCUCCAAAUAUUAAGAAUGAUAAGCGAAUGAUUAUGGCAUGUUUAGAAAGAUUCUACACCAAGUAUCAAUCUCUCUGA